GGAAUGGGCGGGCCAAGACCUCAGUUAUGUAGAUUGUCCCUUGCAUCCUACCGGUGCCUCUCAGCCGUUAGCUGGACUGCUUUGCUGAACCAUGGGCAGUGUGUUGGCUGCCAGCUCCCCAAACCCACCACCAGCCUCAGGGGGUGGCAGUGCCCCAGGGGGGCCUGGUCUAGUGACGGUACCUCCAGGUUUCACCAUGCCUCCAGUCCCACCCUCCUCAGUCACACAGGGACAGUCUGGGGCAGAAACAGAGGCUUCUCUCCCUAACCCUGGCACAUUUGAGGAGUGUCAUCGCAAAUGCAAAGAGGUCUUCCCUACACAGAUGGAGGGUGUACGUUUGGUUGUCAACAAGGGCUUGAGUAAUCACUUUCAGGUUAGUCACACAAUUACUCUAAGCACCCUGGGAGACUCGGGUUACAGAUUUGGAACCACAUAUGUGGGCAGCAAGCAAACAGGUCCUGCAGAGUCUUUUCCAGUCAUGGUUGGUGACAUGGACAGUACAGGCAGUCUCAAUGCACAGAUCAUCCAUCAGCUUACCAACCGUGUACGCUCUAAAGUGGCCAUGCAGACUCAGCAACAGAAGUUUGUAAACUGGCAGUGCGAUGCAGAGUACCGUGGAGAUGGCUUUACUGCUGCUGUUACCGUUGGCAACCCAGAUGUUCUUGUUGGAUCUGGUAUCCUUGUGGCACACUUCCUCCAGUCCUUGUCUCCUGCUUUGGUAUUGGGAGGUGAGCUGGUCUAUCACAAGAGACCAGGAGAGGAGGGCACAGUCACAUCAUUAGUGGGCAGAUACACAGGUAGUAAUUAUGUUGCAACAUUAACUGUUGGAGGAGCUGGUGCACAUGCAUCUUACUACCACAAAGCCAAUGACCAGCUGCAAGUCGGGGUUGAGUUUGAGGCCAGUACACGGAUGCAGGACACAAGUGUGUCGUUUGGUUAUCAGUUGGAUCUACCCAAAGCAAACUUGCUGUUUAAAGGUUCUUUAGAUAGCAACUGGGUGGUGGGAGCAAUGCUGGAAAAGAAGCUGCUACCCCUUCCUCUAUCAUUAGCUCUUGGCGCCUUCCUUAACCACCGCAAGAACAAGUUUCAGUGUGGCUUUGGUGUCACCAUCGGGUAGAGAAGCCGUGGCGGCAAUGAAGAAUCUCUACAGAUACGACCCUCCACCACGUUUGGACUGGUGCAGAGACAUGGGGACAUGGACCAACACUGAAAUGGACUCCCAAUAUUACUGCGUUUAACCUUCACUAGGAUGGACCAGGAUGAAGAGCUUUCAGGACCGCACAAGCAAAGUCCAACAAAGCUCCCAUCAAUCUAAAUGUUCAUAGUUAUCUGGCUACCUGACAGAUCAGCCAGAUAACUAAACAGACAGAUAAGGUUUGUUUUUAAAUGCACGUCAUGUGAAAGAAAAAUGUCAGAUAUGUUGCAUUCAAAUACAGUUUUUUUUUUCUCCUUUGUUGAAACAAUUUACAGAGGAUGUAUAUCUAAGAACAACUGAAACACUUGUUCAUUAUUUUGCUUUUGCCAGUUUGAUGUAUUUGAAACUCUUGUUUCCAUCUAUAUAAAUGUGUUGGGGCAGUACUAGUGUUACAUUUUUUACUAGAUGUUUAUCAUACAAAGUUGACAAUUGAACCUUCAAAAAUGCACUGCACAAAAUGCUGUCAAUGUCAAAAAUAUGAAAAUCAAAUGCAUGGAAGCUCUGGGUUUAAGCAGUCGGAUGUUAAGUGGAGUUGAAGUCUUUGUCUCAUUUUAACUAGUCAUGCAGAACCGUCUGAGAGUUUUGACAAAGAGGUCCUUGUACUGUAUUUGUCUAAGGGCCAAAUUUGGAUGCUGGUUUCACAAUGACUGGACGAAUCAAUCAGACUGUCCUUUGUAAGCAUCUCAACAUAAAAUCAAAUGUCACUGAAUUUUUUCAUGUGGAAGAAUUUCCAAAGUUUGUAUGAUUUUAAUUUGUUGUACAUUAGUGGGAUUUUGGGGCAAAGGAUUGGAGCAGAUACUGUAAUAAACCUGUACAUUUGAAGCUGG